GUCUCAACUUCGCAAGCAAGUUGCGGAAAAAAUGCAUGCAAAAGUCACUACUUAUUGGACAAGUUGUGCUGACGAGAUUAAGCAAGGCGUGGACUCACCUUUAGCUUAAAAGUAGUAAGGACAAAUGUGUGUGCAAAAGUCACAACUUGUUGGGCAAGUUAUACUGAUGACAUAAGAAGACCAAGAUCUCCUCACAACUGAGCUCAUUUUCUUCUGUGCUCUUGUUUUUUGUUAUGGACUUCAAGAGCAGAGCCUGUCUAGUGUUUGAUUCCUAAUAUCUUUCUUUCUUCUAAGUUUCUCAGUGAGGCUUUUACUGGGUUUCUCAGUAAGCUUCCUCUGUGUGUGUGUGUGUGUGUGUGUGUGUGUGUGUGAGGGAAGUGUUGAGUUUGGAAUAGCUUUCUUUCUUAGAUAGUUUGUCAGUAAAGCUUUUUCUGGGUUUCUCAGCAAAACUCUUUCUGGGUUUCUCGGUAAAGCUUCCUCUGUGUGUGUGUGUGUGGUGGAAGUGUUAGUUUGGAAUAGCUUUCUUUCUUAGAUAGUUUCUGAGUAAAGCUUCUUAGAGAGUUUUUCAGUAAGCUUUUUUCUGUUUUUCUCACUAAAACUUUUUCUGGGUUUCUCGGUAAAGCUUCCUGUGUGUACGUGUGUGAGUGUCUUUCUUUCUUAGAUAGUUUCUGAGUAAAGCUUUUUUCUGGCUUUAUCUGUAAAGCUUCUUCUGUGUGUGUGAGUGUGUGAUGGAAAAGCUGAGUUUGGAUUUGCCACCUGGGUUCAGAUUUAGUCCGACUGACAAGGAGCUCAUCGAACUCUUCCUGAAGCCGAAGAUCACUGGGAAUGAUGAAGAUAUUUACUUUGUUCCUGAAGUUGAGUUUUAUAAACUGGAGCCCUGGGAUUUACAAUAUAAAUCUGGGAUAGAUACAAAGGACCAAGAGUGGUUCUUCUUUGCUGCACAGGGCCUGCAGCAUCAGAAAGGGAAGGGGAGGAAUAGGAAAACCGAGAAAGGGUACUGGAAAGUAACUGGUAAUGAUAGGGAAAUCAAGUCCGAAGGAAAGGUAAUUGGAAUGAAAAAAACUCUGGUCUUCCAUAUAGGUCGUUCUCGUAAAGGGACUAAGUGGGUAAUGCAUGAGUACCGCACAACCCUGAAGGACCUUGAUGGAACACACCCUGGUCAGAAGGCCUUUGUGCUUUGUCGUUUAUUUAAUAAUGAAGAAAAGAGUAACAAAGGUGGACCUGCAAAGUCUAAGCCAGCACUGGCUCCUGUAUCUCCUGCAUUGGAAGUGCAGGCUGAAAAGAGUAAUCAAUCUUGUUACGCUGAAAUUUCUGAUCAAAUGAUGCCUGAUGCUACAGAACCUGUUCAGUGUAACAAUCACAAAGACUAUCAUAAUGAAGAUGUUGCAGAAAAUCAAGUGGCAGAAGUGACAUCUUCGGAGGUUGAUUUUAAUAAGGAUAUGGAGCAUCUCUUGCAUAUGUUCUAUGUCCCGUCUGCAGAGGACUCCCCAUCAAGCUUAUGUGCCAACACUUCAGGUGUUUCAACUCCUAUCACUGUCAUAUCUUCUUGUGAAGCAAUGCAAUCUGAACCAACAUUGGCUCCAGCGCCACAAGCAUUUCCGGAGCAAGUUGAAAAGCAUCAGGUGGCAGAAGUCAAAGCUACAGAAUUCAAGCUGGAAAUGGAGGAAGCACACAAAAUGUUCUAUUCCCAUCCACCAGAGCCAUUAGAUUGCAACUUUUUCUCCCCAUCAACUUUAACCCCCGUUGCACCUGCUGUUUCAUUUCCUGCCGCAGUUAAAGCUUCUCUUGAAGAAGGACGGUCUAUGCCAGCACUAGCUUCAGUGUCUACAGAAUUAGGCAGUGAAGCUGACAAUUAUCCCACGAGUUUUCGACGUUUUCCUGCAGAAAAGUCUGAUGGAAUUAUAUCGAACACUAUAGCACCCAUUGAGUACAAUGGUUAUAACACUUAUGUUGGAAAGGAUAAAGUGGCAGAAGUAGCAUCUGAUGAGGUUGAUUUGCAGUUGGGUGUCUCAUCAGAGCCACUAGGUUGCAACAUGUUAUACCCAUUACACUCGCAGAUGCAAGAAGAGUUAGGUUCUUCUUGCAGCUCUUACCCUUUUCCCAAUUACUUAUACAGUGGUCAUUGGGGGGUACAUCACCAAUACGGCACGAAUGAGCCAGCUCCCAAUAUCUCCGAGUCCUGGGGUCUGACUCUUGGUAACUGUGGUGACUGCUUGCAUUACACGUCGUUUAGCAGUCAAAAUAAUCUUGCGUUUGAUAAUGAAACCCAGAUAAACAUGGUCUCCGCUAAGGACAAUCUUGCAGAUGCCAAUGCAAGGAUUGAGCUAGAGCAUCAAGAUUUGGUGUGGCUUGACGAGAUCAUCAAUCCAGAGGUUUCUUUGGGGUUGUUAAAAUCAGCAUCAUAUAUUGAAUCUGUUGGAAGGUCUUCAGAUGAGAUCAUAGGUUCGGAUUGAAGAUCAUAAAAUUUUACAAUUGAAAAGUGUCAAUGAUUUAGGUACAGAAAAUACUAUUAGUAUUACUUCUAAACAGAGCUAAAAAUCAGAAGAACUAUUUAUCUUUCUGAGAAAGAACUUAUCAAAAGAAUAAGUCUUUUUCAGAAAGAGUAAAAAAAAAUUCAAUACUCUUUGAAGACAAAACUGUAAUUCAAAAGAAAGUUGGUCUUUCUUAGGGUAAGGUUUGGGCAGAGUGCGUCCUGUGCACUGGAUCCAAAACGGUGUGGGCAUGUUACUGCAUCGUAUUGGGUGACCCAAGCCACUUAAAAUUUGCAAACAUUCUUCAAACUGUACUCAAAACAAUUCAAUAUUUUUCAACUCAAAACAGACCUAAAGUCUUUUUCAAGUCAAACAAACUUAUGGUCUCUUACAAACCACAAACCCAUGAUCUUUUACAUUCAAAAGCCUAAGCCUCCUUUUACAACUCAAACAGACCUAGAAUCAUUGCUACUUGGGUUGUUGCUAUCUCACGGAUUUAGAUCUGUAGCUGUUGUACCAUGCAAUUACCAUUUGUUGUGACAUGCAAAAGUUAAGAUGGUAAAAGUUUCAAAAAUUGAAAUGAUAAAAGGUUAUUUUCUUUACCAUCUUAUUUUUUACAUCUCACAACCAAGUGGUAAUUGCAUGGUGAUCCAAAUCCCUCCCUUGCCUUGCCUCUAAAAAAAGUCCUUAUUUCAGCUCCAUGUUGAAUUUGAUGGUUCUUUAAAAGUACCCAAUCUGGGCUGGGAUUUUAAUAAAUCAUGUGCUUAAAAAAACUUCUAAUUGGGAUUUAAAUCAUUGACGUUUUAUAUUUGUAGAAUUGUGAGAUUUAAGAUCCUGGUCAAGAUUUUUACAACCUCUAAACUCUGUUAUAGAGUGAAACAAGUACAAUUGAUUACUGUACUGUCACGUCUAUGUAUAAUGCAAUUUCUAUUUUAUAUUAGUGGGAUGUACUAAUAUAAAAUAGUGGUUCGAUUCACUUCCAUGUGAGAAGGGUGUGAUAUAUCCCGGUGAUAAAAAAUACCUUCUUCUGUAUAAUGUUGAGGAGCACAGGACAACUUUGGUGUUCUUACAGAGAGAACCUUACAAGUGCAAUACGUCCUCAUCUGCUGGUGUUUUGAACGAAUUCUAUGUAUAUAUACUGAACUGAGCCAUUGUUUGGAAUUAGCAUAAGGAUUUGGAAACUUCAAAAUUGGACUAAGACUCUGUUAUCGAUAAAUUUGUGUACAGUGUGAUUUAUGUCCAACUGUACUGAUAAUUGUUUACUUUCUGCAGACAUGUCAUGAAAUGUACUCAUUAAUGCUUGGAAUGGUUGGUGUUAUCAUCUUAGUAGUGCUACCGGCACAACAUUUUUACAACAAUUUUGCAAGUUUUUUGUCACCUAGUCUUUGUUGUAGAAAUGUUAUGUCCUUAGCAGCUUAGCUUUAUCGUUUCAUCUUGAAUGUUAAGGAAGAUUAAAAAAAUUUU